AUGAAAAGAGCGGCAUUGCGAAUCCCCAGUCGUCACCAUUCGCUUCGACGGUUCCAUGACGAUACCGCACAACAACAACAACGCUGCUAUCAUCAUCUCUUGGCGCACAUGAACUACGCCCGGCUCAAGGCUCCAAUGGAGGAUCCCAUCAUGUCGGAGUUUCGUUUGGCGAUGGAUCCCGUGAAUGCCUUGGCCAAGGCGACACCCGGCUUUGUGUGGUCGUUGGACGACACAUCAGAGGACCUUCGAGAUGAAGUGCCCAUGUUACGGCAGGAUCCCUUGCUCAUGCCACAAUUGUCCUUAUGGCAAAAUUUGGAUGCCAUUCAACAUUUUGCCUUUAAAUCGGGACAUGCCAUGUAUCUCAAACGAAAACGAGAAUGGUUCACGGCUCCACCGGAGGGUCCCGUUGCUGUCUGUUGGUGGAGACCCGCACAAAACGACGGAUAUCCCACUCUGAAGGAAGCCUUUGAUCGUCUCGAAUUGCUGCACACACAUGGACCCACUCUCGAGGCGUUUGAUUUUAAAUCCUCAAAGCAAUUUCCAAUGCCAAGCAAUACGGAAAUGGAUGGCACUACUGCAUGUCAUUCUAAUCCAAACCAACACCGUCACCAAACAGAACCGGCAGAAAUACUACUCGACCUCGCCAAACAAUAG